CGCUCUGGCAGCCGCUUCAGGUGGGCACGCGUCGACCCACUUCCCGCGGGACGUUAGAGCUGCUUCUUGAGGGGAGAAACUUACUCCGUACCGGCACCCGAACGCUGCCUGCCACUUAUGGUUACUUUCACUAACCUCUACACACUGAUUUUCGGAAAUAUCUGUCAUACUACAAAGUGAAGGUUAUUACCAAAACUUAAACACUAAUCAAAUUUAAGUUUUAAUAAUAGUGAUCUUAUGGUAAAGUGUUUGCUAUAAAUAACAAACACUUGUGACUCCUCAAAAAGAUACUUGUAGUAGUGUGAGGAGAGGAGUCUUGUCCCCAGCGUGUACCUGUGCGCGGAGUGUGUGCGACGGAAGGUGGAACUUGCGAUGGAGUUCGUUCCUUGACCAACACGACUUCCGGUGCAGUCACGGACCGGAAGUUGGGCAAAAAGUAGCAGCCCACAGCCAGCUAUCGCGGGGAAAUAUCGUCUUCAAAUUCUGUGUAUUAUACUGAUUUGAUUUUUAUCCGAGAAUACGCAGACAAUUAACUGUUGAAAACUUAUUAAACAUGUGAAUUUGAGGAAAGUGAUUUAAUAUAAAAAUUUGUUGGAUCUUUAAAGUAUUAACCCCAAUAUAUCUUUGGAUAAUAAGCAGACAAUUUUACUGUAAAAGCUGAUAUAUAUAUAAAUAUAUCUAACCACUGCAUAAACUGUUAACAAAUACCUGUGACUUUAUCAAUACUAUAAAAAACGUAUAUAAAUAUAUACAGAACUGGUAACAUAUAAGGCGAGUGAACAUAUUUACCAACAGGACCAGUGCCGUUGUGGACGGUAAUGUUGAUCACUAAGCUAACACAGUGAGCCAUAGUGCUGCACCCUCAAUAUUCCCCAAUAUAAAACGAGUAAUUAAAAUCUAUGCAUUGCAUAAACUAAGCGCGAAAAGAUGCAAUUAAACUACUGAAAUUAAGGCCCGACUAAAUUUGAGAUUGAGAUGUUAUAUACAAGAGUUUACAAGCAGGUCGACUUGCACCUGCUGCUUGUAUGGUGAAGCAGACCACCUUGCUGGUGGGGGAGCAGAAGCAGUGAGGAGCAGCAGCAGUCAUUAGCCUCACUAAACCCAUUGCUUCCAAAAGUGACAGGUGCGAGUGUUGGGGCGUUACUCGUGAGAACAGACCCCCAUUGUUCACGGCUACAGGCGAUCCAACCCUUACAUCGUUUGUCAUUUUUGUGUUUCGACUGAAUCAACAAGAGACAUUUUCGCUGGCCACCAGCUCACUCUCGCUAGCCUCCAGCACAUCCUCUGACCUCCAGCACAGUCUCGCUGGCCUGUAACCAGUCUCGCUGGCCUGUAACCACAGUCUCCCUGGCCUGUAAGCACAUCCUCUGGCCACCAGAACACUUGAUGGUCUUCAGCACACCCUUGCUGGCCUACAGCACAUCCUCUGCGCACCCUCACUGGCCUCCAACACUCUUGUUGCCAUUCAGCACAUUUUCUGGUCUCCAAUACAUCGUCGCUGGCCUCCGCACAUCCUCGCAGGCCUCCAGCACAUUCUCUACCCUUCAGUACAUCCUAGCUGGCCUCCAACACACCCUAUCUCGCCUCCAGAACGUACUCUGGCCAUCUCUGUCGCUGUGAAGUCUACAUAUAAAACCUGCAAAGGCGAGUCAGACCUUGGAAACAAAAGUUAUUGGAGAGAGGGAAUCAUGAGGGCCAGUGUAUCGUCUUCCGUCUUUAUCUGCACUGCAGAUAUCCACUGAUGAGAGCCAAUAUUUCUUUUCCAGUGGGCUUUAGUGAGGACCUCACCACACACGAAACGGCUCUUCCUACUCUUUACAUGGACUAGUGAGAGCGUAUUACUACCGCGCGAGUGUGUGUACACAAUUUGGUUUGUGCAUUAGUGUCCUGUACUUUGUGCAGUAAAGAACAGUAAUGCCUGGAUUUCGCCUCACCUGACGGAGAGCGAGAGCAUGAUGGUGUCUGCGUGGUGGAAUGGUGGAACUGUGGUAGUGUUGCUGGUGGCGCUGAGGCUGGCUGCCACCUCCACCUGCCCCUCCGUCUGUACCUGCAGGUGGAAAAAUGGCAAACAGGCAGUGGAGUGUAGGAAACAGGGGCUGGCCAGCGUGCCUGCCGGGGUUCAUCCUGAUACACAGGUCCUUGACCUAUCCGGCAACAACCUACAGACUCUGCCUAGACAUGCUUUCAAGCGGGCAGGUCUCAUCAACCUGCAAAAGAUUUAUCUGAGAGACUGUAAAAUUGGUCAGGUCGACGCAACAGCCUUCUACCAGCUCACUAAUCUGGUCGAGUUAGACCUGAGCCAAAAUCUACUAACAGAGGUGCCCUCGCUCGCUUUCUCCCACAUUCAAGCCCUGAGAGAUUUACAGCUGCGAGGGAACAGACUUCGCAAGAUUCGCAGUGACAGCUUCGCCCACACCCCGUCCCUGGUGCGCCUUGGUCUUAGUUAUUCGGGCAUCAGAAGUGUGGCAGCCUCUGCUUUUCAGUCUUUAUCCCUCAUGGAAAAGCUUGAAAUCCAGGGAAAUCAAUUGUCAGAGCUUCCAGUCGCCUCUGUGAAAAGCCUGGAACGUGUACAUGGAUUAGAAGUUCACGACAACCCUUGGUUAUGUGACUGUCGCUCCCUCCCUCUCUGGCGCCUUUUGGAGGUGAGGCGCGUCCCACACCCCGUCUCCCCAUCAUGCAACUCCCCCAGCAGGAUCAAGGGGCGUACCUUCCACUCUCUUACAGAGGAAGACUUUGCCUGCCCUCCCCAGAUCCUGCCAGUUGGGCGUAUGGUUGAGGGCGUGGCAGGAGAGGACGCAACGAUCGCCUGUCCCGUGGGCGGUCAGCCUGCACCCCAGGUCAUGUGGUACAAGGGCGAGGCACCCGUUGUGAACGGCUCUGUGAUAGGGCUGGGGCCACAACGCCUAUACGUCAUCACUGAAGGCAACAGGAACAUGGUGAGCCGGCUGGUGAUCACAGGAGCACAGGAGACAGAUUCUGGCACCUUGCGCUGUGUGGCCAUCAAUUCUGCGGGGUCGGCGACAGCUAACUUCACCCUGGCUGUCACCAUGAGAGCAGCGACUCAAGCUAAGCUGGAUUCGGGUCACAUUGCUGGGAUUUCUGUGGGUCUGGUGGUGCUGGCUCUGAUCGUGCUGGUGGUGGGGUUCCUGCUGCUGGCGCGUGCACGCUCCCACUCCUCCCCCACCCCUGUAAAGGACACCUCCACCACACCAUCCUCGGAUGAAGCCUCCCCCAGUGAGCCCAAUCCCGUGCAAAAGCCGCCCCGACUCACCGACCUGAACGGCUCUCCCGGUGCGUACGGGUCGUCCACGCUCGGCAAUCCAGACGUGAUCAGCGAGGCAGAACGAGCCGUGCGAGCCGUCAACGGUCACCUCCCCAACGGGUGUGUGCAGGGUGUGGGUGAGGGCGGCGACUACACUCGUGUCGAGGGCGACUCUCUCUACCCCAGCGGCCUGUGGCCUGAAGACGCCAAUCCCCAGGAUCCCCAUGACAACACCGACACCCCCAGCGUCAUCCACGAGCACUUCAACCCCGGCUACUUGGCUAACGACCCUGCCUACGAUGGUUAUGGUCCCGUUCACUCCACCCCUUACCGACCAGGAUAUGAAUCUCAGGAAGACUUUGAUCCACAGACCUAUGGCUACCCGGCUGACUUUGGGCUUCCAAUCCCAGAGGCAGGGCAGGGGCGAGAGCCUCUCGGUGUUCCUGGGGGUCAGGAGUGGAGCAUGGCCGACCUCAGCGGGACACGGGAUGGCACGGAGUCCAGAACCGACACGUACACUUCCAGACAAGACACGUACGCAUCGCAACAGAAUAUAUACAGUUCACAGCAGGACCUAAAAGACUCUAGGCAGGACCUGUAUGGCGUGACCAAGGACAGGCCGCCGGUGUACGGGUACCGCCAGGAGGUGUACGAGUCCCGGGAGGACGUGGCGGAAGGUGCUGACAGUCCCCAGGGCGUGACAGGUAACCUGGGGGAGCGGCCGUGGGUCCCGGGAUCACAGGCGCCGACUCUAGCCCGCGGGGGCGUAGCCGUCCUCCCGCCUCUUCCCAACGGCAUCGCCAACAGGAUUAAAGCCCGGGACUCUCCUGACGAAGGAUAUCAAGAAGGCACCGAGGUGUAGCGGGGUCGCAGGGCCCGCCGAGGCGGCGGUCCCUGCUUCCUUCCUCCCACGCCCACACGCCCAUCACGCUUCUCGGUCCCAUCUUCCUCCCGCCCAUCGCCUCCUCACACAGCUACUUCUUGGUCCUCCCCUCAGAGCCCUCACAGUGACCUGACACCGUGACCUGAUACGUGUACUGGAACAGUGAUGUGUGAUGUGUAGUUACGUGACGAUAAGCUGCUGUGCCCGAGAAAAGUGUCGCGUACGUUACCUCUUUGAGUGUGAGCACAGCGGCUGAAGUAGCCUCGCUAAACCAGUCAGAAUUCUCUUAGCAAAUUAUAUUUCAUACUGGCAACUCGAGUUCUUGAAAAAGCUUUUGUGAGGCGAGAAGGGAGGCGUGACUGACGCCGGUAGUGUUACUAGUCCCCAGGAGUCCUCGCAGCCACCACAGACUGGGUGUAAGCGAGCAGGAGCAGCGGGUGUGGGGGCGCCACCCUCCCACACCCGGCCAGCCUGUGGCGGUCAUGUACAGAGCCGAGCCACCGUGUUUGUACUGUACACAAGGUAUUAUCAGUUGUUAAUUUAAGGUGCCGUUUGGCAAGACACCAAAGACUGGGUAGGCAAGCAAGUUGUGCCGCUUGUGCUGGUCAGCUGCAGGCGUAACUUGUGAGAACUACUUGUAAAACUGCCGUGUUGAGGGCCUGGCGUGGCGGGGUCCUGCGCGGGUACACUGCGCACCACCAUCCUCAACAGUUAUGUAUUGUGCGUGAAGUAACCUUGUACUUGAUGUUCACUGUUUCUCGAUGCUUCAAGAUAUCAUAAAUCAAUAAUGAUUACUCAGCAGACUCAUGACAGCAAACCACACCUCUGAGUAAUGGAUGUAACAUAAAUGUUGAAUAUUUCUUAAAAUGAGCCAUAGCACAACCUGUGAAAUAAUGUGUUUUUCAUGUCAAAUGAGUAUUACAUUUUUUUAAAUUAUCAGACCCACUAAACAAAAAAUCCAGGACUAUCGCCACCCCGGUGCAACGAGGUUAUAAUUGAUUUCCUUAUAGUUUUUUGGUAACUCGUUAAUGGAUGAGGCGGGAAUAGAGAAUGGAAAAGCUGAAAUCGCAUCAUGCUGGAAAUAAACUCCUGUGUAGGAGAAUAGAACAUUAAAAAUCUGCUAACUAAUGUAUGUCAAAUACAUCCUUCUUGCACUGAGGUGACGAAAUGUUCCCUUCCAAAGUCCUGGUGACUACACUAAGGCCUCUUGCCACCUGCAACAGACUGAAAGAUCAUGACUUUCAGCACUGUAGUAAGUGACUGUUAAGGGACUCGCUAGCGAGCAUUAUCAAAUCCUGAAUAGAUGAUUUUGUAUGCAAUUAUAUCCCAAUUUUGGUAUUCCUGCCAACCCAACCUUUGGGGAUUCGGUUACCCAGGCCUCCUGUCAUUAAUAUAUCCUAUUAACCCAUAUCUGUUAUCCAGGAUCCGGUUAAUCUUUGAAUAGCCUAACCAGCCAUUGCACGGUUAACUAACACACUUUAAUUCUGUUAAUCGAUUUUGGGUCUCCGAUGCCUCGCUUACCACUUCCGAUGCAAUGGAUCGAUUAAAACGUUUUCCAUUUUAUAUAAAUGGUUAAAUCUAACCAAACCCAGAGUUUGGUUAGAUUUAAUAUAGUCCAACAUGGGACUAACAAAUCUUCAAUUAAUUCCAUAUCGGGACCCCUGUUAGACACCUUAAGUAGCCUAAGACUCAGUUCAUUACAUCUAAUUCAAGGUUAAACAGCGUUCCGAGUAACCUAACCACUGACAAACGCUGUCUUAAUCGCUUGGGAAAUAAAGAGGCGCAUUUUCCAUUAUGAAAAGAGCAGAGUCCUGGCUACUGCAGCACACUGGGAAACGCCCCUCCACACCACGUGCCAAAUACCAGGUCUUGGGUAACCACGAGGUCGCUAGAUAUCUCAUUCCUCAACCCGUCCUCCCAAGGUGCCCCAACGUCAAGAAACUGUCGUACUAAAGUGCCCUUAUCCUAACCUACCAGAGGACCCAAAACAGGAAAUGGGGCAGUAUGUCAAUGUGGCGAGCCGCUACCAUUUUCUAGUACGACAAUUUUUGGCCUUAGGUAGAAUAUACGUCAAAAGGCGACGUUCUAUUAGGAGGACGGGUUGCAUUCCUACCAUCCCCCCCAUGGAACUUCAUCCCUAAAUGUGACCUCACUAUAUCCAAAGUUACGUAGAGCUUUAAUUACCCAACCACCGAUAGCCCAGUUCACUUGUUUAGCUAUGUUUGUUGAACGGAAAACAGGGCAGGACCCCGCGACAUUGCUGUGUGUUUCUGAGACUGGCAACUCACGAGGAUAGACUGCAUCACCAGCAGGCAUCAGCACUGUCUACUGAGCUAACUCGAGGCUCAGCGGCUCUUGGCAACACAACUAAUUGCUAGUCUCACUUUAUACUUAACAAUAAAUAACAUUAAUGUGAAGGAAAAUGUUUCUUUAAUUUAUGCGUGUCAGUGUGAGCGCUUAGUCUAGGUCUAUGCCCUUAAGGAUAUUAUUUUAAUAUUAUUCUUGUUCAGUAAUAUUAUCAAGAGAUGAGGUGCUCUCUAUUAUUAUUAUUAUUAUAUUAUUAUUAUAUAUAUAUAUAUAUAUAUAUAUAUAUAUAUA